AUGCUGAGAAGCUGUGCUCCUCCGGUUGCUCUCCUCUUUCUAUGGACACAGCUUCACUCCUCCUCAUCAUCACUGCACACUGGUACGGGUGAGCAGUGCCACGCUGCCCCCUUUGUCCCGGGACAUCACCAGCUAGGACGGGGCUUCGAUGUGCUCUCCCUGCAAAGGAAAGAAGCCCACCUGAUGGACCUGAAGACCAACCUGACCAACCAGUAUAAAUGCACGCUGCUGGAAAACCUACAGCAAGGAGGCCAGCUGCAGAAGCUUCCCCUCUCAGCCACAGGAUGGCGAUCCUUCCCAAAGUGCCCCUCAGAGAUCCAUACGUCACAGAUGUCUUCAGCCAGCCAAUUCAUCAGGGCAUUCAUCAACGCAACCAUCUCCAACUUUAAACGUCAUAUGGAAAAUAGCUCCACGGAGAGUUGGGGGACAGAUUAUAGUUAUCACAAGGCCGCUCUGGCUCUAGAGAAGCAGGACACGUUCACGUUCGCCCACUACAGCGCCACCUGCAUCCACUACAAAUUGAGAGUUUCCAGCCACACUCCUUUGAGCCCUGAGUUUGCAGAGGCCUUGUCCCGUCUCCCAGACCACUACACAGAGCAGGCCACGGGCCUCUACAGAGAGCUUGUGGAAACCUACGGCACGCAUUACAUCAGACAGACAAUGACCAAGCAGUCAGACAUGGCUACUGUGGUGGACCUCUUGUUGUGGUUUGAAAAAAUAGACUCCAAACGCGGAUCCAAGGAGUAA